AUGCCUCUACAAGGGAUCCGGACGGUUACGGCCGCUAGAAACGGUGUCGGUGCCUUUAUCCUACAAUGCAAGCGGUUGGAUUUCCACUACUGUGACUGGGCUGGUAGCUCCCGGGGCAUGGUUGCCUACCUCAAGCACCACCUUCCUGCCUUCGCGAAAGCAAACCCUCAGAUCGAAAUCCGGGUAUCGCCGCGGCCACACAAGCACCCCGUAAUUAAGGGACACUACAUCAACGGACGGGAGAAGGCGGUUUGCGUGCGGAAUCUCGAGCCUGAGCAAAUAGGCAAGAAGGCCGAUCUGUUGAAGCAGGCCAGCGGAGAGAAGUUGAAGCGCACCAAGAAGCCCGUCACGAGUAUCAACGAGAGUGUCAGAGGCAUCUGGUCCCCGUACCACGGUGGCUACAAGUCGGUGUAAAGAUGUGGGAUUGUGCGAUCAUACGGUGGUGUUCUUGUUCUGGGUCAAAUAUCAUUUCCUAUUCGAUGUAUUAUGGGUUACUUCAUCUGUUUUGUGUACCUGCCUUUUGCGAACCCGACUCUGUCUUUGUUUGAACGAUAUGUAUCAUAUGUACAGAAUGUCUUUAUUUGAUAUCCCAUGGACAUGGGUGCCCGCUCCCCGUAUGUAGUAAGGUAAUUAUCAGGAAAGCAAAGUGUCAUUAUCCACAUGGAUG